AGCACACGUCUAUUGGAUCUGCUAAUAGUCUAUUUUUUUAUAUAUAAAGUUACUUUGCGUUUGAUUACCUAGGCGCCUUCGCCCCUAAGCCUCGGCAUAGACCGCCCCGCCUCCGUCUAUAAAUCCGCCUACCACUCGCAAGCUCGUCGUAUCGUUUACACCCACACGGCCGAUCACUCACCCGAAUCGAAUCCAUCUUUGGACUUUGGAGGAAGAAGUGAAAAAGGGAGGCCUCACGGUACCGCAAACGUGCAGAGCAUGUGGCUGGACAGGGACACAGGGCGCUGGAUCCCCAUCGCCGGCUCCAGCUUCUCGGAAGCUGCCGAACUACUGCAAGUUUGGUGGUUGGAAAUACGUGGCAAGAUAGAUAGCAAGAUGCUCUCCCCGAACUCAACAUAUGCUGCUUACAUUGUGUUCAAAGUAGCUCCCGGAGCCUACGGGCUUGAUUCUCCAUGCCCGGAGACGUCCGUCAGCCUUGGAGGAAGCAAAUCAGCAUGCCACGUUUGCUUCGAUGUCUCUGACAGGGACGCUGAGGAUUCAUGGCUGACACCGAGGCCAAGUAGCAGGCGAAGCUAUCUUGAAAUUCCUCCUCCAAAUGUAGAAAGAGCUGAUGGCUGGAUGGAGUUGGAGAUGGGUGAGUUCCAGAACUACGAAGGUGAAGACGGCGAGGUUUCCAUCAGCCUUAUGGAGACGUCAGCCACCAUAAAGAUUGGCCUAGUCGUGCAGGUCAUCGAGAUCAGGCCUAAGAAAGGGGAAAAAAAGAGCAUUGAGCUUGCAGGAUUGAGAACGUUGUGCGAGUAAAUAAAUAGACAGCGACUUUGUGAUCUGUAUCCUGAACGCUAAUCACACAACGGCUUGAGUUGUCCUCAUUGCAUAACAAUGUGCCCGAGUUUGCACCUGCAGGCUGGCGCUGUUACGGAGUGAGUAUGGUUUGUAUAUUUAUUUAAUGUAAAAAGGCUGUAGUUCUCUUGCCUGACCUUAUAAACCCAUGAUCGAAAUCUAUGAAUCUGUAUCAUACUGACCUAGCAAUUAGCC